CCUGAUUCAAAAUCACACAAAUCUUCGUAUAAUCCAUUUACCAAAAUGUUUCACCGCGGUCGCACCACCAGAACAACGAGAACAACGAAGCCAACGCUGAUGACUCGACUUCGAGGCCCAAAUGCUCGAACCAAAACCGUCAAGACCACGACGAAGACAGAACCUGCCACCUCCUAUCGCACGAACAAACGUCAUGGAGGCAUGACCACUGGCGCACACCAUCAUAAGCGAAAGGUCACUUUUGGCGACAAGGUCUCUGGCGCUAUGUUGAAGAUGAAGGGCAGCAUUACCCGUCGACCUGGUGUCAAGGCUGCUGGAACUCGACGAAUGCAUGGAACCGAUGGCCGCGGGAGUCAUCAUCACGUUUACUAA